CUUUAGUGUCCUGAUAACAGUCGUAGCGGUAACAAGGACCUAGCAGCUUCAAUACAACAUCAGCAUUCAUAAACUCAGAAUAUCCUUAGAGACAUUAAAUCUCAUUUAAACCUGUAUGGUAUAAAAAACCUUCAUUAUGUGCCGCAAUCUAUUUGUGUUCCUCGUAUUGAGCGUCUUCUAUUUACGCGUCGAUUCCAUGGCUACACCGUGCCAGGAGCCCGAUAUGUUCUUGUGCAAGAGCGGGCAAUGCAUCUUAUCCUCUUUUAGAUGCGACGGAGAGAACGAGUGCACUGACGGAUCAGACGAAGAACAAUGCCAUGGAUAUGAACCCACCUUUUCUCUGGUUCAAUGUGCCACGGAUGAAUUUCAAUGUUCGAAGCAUUAUUGCAUACCGAUCGAAAAGUUCUGCGAUGCCAAAACUGAUUGCCCCGACGGAAACGACGAGUAUCCUAAUUGCGUAAAAGAUCUAAAAUGCGAUACUUUUCGAUGCGACGAUGGUUAUUGCGUGAGAAACGAAUGGGUUUGUGACGGUGUACCGGAUUGUCCCGAUAAAAGUGAUGAAAUCAAAUGCGGAAAUAAAACAGUACCACCCGAGGAAUGCAACAACGAGAUCGAUCGAUAUCUGUGCAAAAAUCAAAGAUGCAUUUUCCUGAAUGCAACUUGUAACGAGAAAGACGAUUGCGGCGAUAAUUCGGAUGAAAAUGCAGACGAGUGUAAGAAGGCUGACUCCUCGUGUAAACAGACAGCAAAAUGUGAGCACUAUUGCAGAAAAACACCCGAAGGCGCUCAGUGUUCGUGUCGUUUGGGUUAUCAAUUAUCGAACAAUCGAACAUGCUCAGAUGUGAAUGAAUGCGAAAUUUAUGGCAUAUGCGAUCAAGAGUGCGUUAACUCUGCUGGGUCCUAUACAUGCUCGUGUCAUUCCGAUUACACCUUGAACGAUGAUAGGAAAACUUGUAAAGCUGAAGGUGGUGAAGCAACGAUGGUGUUCUCAAUCAAAUCAGAAAUCCGUGGCUUUUAUCUCAAUUCCAAAUUAUAUUAUCCAAUCACUCACAAUUUACAACACGCUGUAGCUGUUUCGUUAGAUGCAAAUUACGUGUACUGGUCCGACAUUGAAAAUGGAGAUGAAGCAAUAAUCAAAAGUUUAGAAGAUGGUUCCCAGCGAGAAGUCAUUGUUACCACAGGUUUAAAUAGUCCCGACGACAUAGCAGUGGACUGGGUAACAGGCAAUGUAUACUUCACUGACAGUGGUUUCAUGCAUAUUGGUGUUUGCAGUAACGACGGUUUUUAUUGCACCAUUAUAAUUAAGAAUCGUAGCGAUAAACCAAGAGGUCUUGCAGUAUUGCCAUCGAAUGGUUUGAUGUAUUGGACCGAGUGGGGUUUAAAUUCGCGCAUAUUAAUGGCAAGCAUGGAUGGAACGAACAGCAGCGUACUAGUCGCAGAAAGUUUAAAAUGGCCAAACAGUUUAUCUAUCGAUUAUGCGAAUAAAAGACUGUAUUGGAUAGAUAGUAAAUUAAAAAUAAUCGAAUCGAUACGACUGGAUGGUACCGAUCGCAGGAUUGUGUUAAAGGGGGUAGCAAAGAAACCGUUUUCGCUAGCAGUAUUCGAAAAUAAAAUCUAUUGGAGCGAUUGGAUAUCCAAUACUAUACAGUCGUGCGAUAAAUUCACUGGUAAAGAUUGGGAACUUUUAGUGACCGCGAAUAACACAAUUUAUGGGAUGCAUAUAUAUCACUCUGUCUUAAAACCCAAGAUGCCAAAUCCAUGCAAUUCAAAUCCUUGUUCGCAAUUGUGCUUGCUAAAUUCCGAGAGUAAAUAUACCUGUGCUUGCACGUUAGACAAAGAACUCAAUUCAGAUCAACACACAUGUCGUACGAUCAGAAAGAAUAUUCACCUCGUUAUCGCUGCAAAAAAUACAUUCAUAGACUACCACCAUCAACUGUUGGGAAGACCAAAAAUGACACCAACAGUUACCUUGAAACACGUUACUGCCAUCACUUACAAUCCUCUCACUGGUGGUCUGCUCGCAAGUGAUCAGCUGACUGAUAAUAUUUUCCAAUUUGACACGAAUACAGGAAGUUUGAAAAAUAUAUUGUCUAUAAAAAAUGAAAUACUAGGAGGAAUGGACUUUGAUUAUAUUGGGAAUAAUUUGUACUUGUCGGAUAUAAAGCAGAAAACUAUCCAAGUUCACAGUUUGACCACCAACCAGAAGACAGUUUUCUACUUCCAAGACGAGCCUUACGAUAUCGCGCUGGUGCCGGAGAAAAGUGUGAUGUUCGUCGUUUUUCGUGUGAACGAAAAGUACCGCAUAGACAGGAUGAAGAUGCAUGGAAUUGGUCCCAGAGUUCCAGUGGAAGGAGCCAAAACCCCCUUGUUUGGACCGAAGGUAUCGUUAUCUUACGAUAGAGAUCUAAAACGAUUGUAUUGGAGCGAUCAAGGUACUGGUCGUAUUGGUAGUGCGCCUAUCUCUGGUUCCGAGACCAACAUCUUCCGCACUGGAUUGGCGGAACCUGUAAGUCUCGUUGUCCUCGGUGACUACGUCUUCUGGACUCAAUACAAGUCGAAACAAUUGCACUGGACCAGCAAAAGCGAUAUCCACCAAAAACAGAAACGCAUCGCGUUACAAACACCUAAAGAUUCGGACAGGUUACUGUUAAUCGGUUUGCACGGAGCGUAUGCAAAUGAGCACGAAUGUCGUAAAAACAAUGGGAACUGUUCUCAUGUGUGCCUGCUAUCUAAUCUUCGUUCGCACAUUUGCGCGUGUCCCCCUGAUAUGAUGCUAAGUGAAGAUAACAGAACGUGCAUUGCUCAAACAGCUUGCGAGUCUGGCGAAGUAAAAUGCAGGGAACACGACAAAUGCAUAAAAUUGCAUCAAAGAUGCGACGGCGUGCAAGACUGUCCUAACGGUGAAGACGAAUCGGAUGUAUGCGACGAACUGCAGUUGUCAAAUUGUGCAAAGGACCAAUUCCAGUGUCACAACGGAGAAUGCGUAAACAAGGAGGCAGUUUGCAAUUCCCACUACGACUGUACAGAUCGAUCGGACGAACAGGACUGUGAUAAAAAAGAAUGCAACUCUAAAGAGUUUGAAUGUCACGAAGGGACUUGCAUAUCAAAAUAUCUCGUGUGCGACGGACAACCCGACUGCUCCGAUUUUUCUGACGAAGUGAAUUGCGAGAUACACACGUGCGACACUGGCAGCUUCGCAUGCGAAAGUAAAAAGUGCAUCCCUGAAACAUGGCAAUGCGACGGCGAGGUCGACUGUCCAGAUGGUUCCGACGAGAGUGAAACGUGUCAAAGAAUUUCGUGCCCCUCUGAAAUGUUCACUUGUCACAAUGGUCGUUGUAUAGACUCCUCUUUAAAGUGCAACGCAGUCGACGAUUGCGAGGAUAACAGCGACGAGCAAUAUUGCGUAGAAGGAAGCACGAGUACCUUCGCAAAUUGCACAGCAGACGAAUACAAGUGCUAUAAUACGGAAAUGUGUCUUUCGAAGACAGUAAGGUGCAACGGCGUCCAGGAUUGUCCAAAGAACGACGACGAACGUAACUGCGCUCGGUGCCAAAAGGGAGAAUACGUUUGCGACAACCGGAAGUGCAUCGAUGAAUCUUGGGUAUGCGAUACGUACAACGACUGCGGCGAUGGGUCCGAUGAAAGAGAUUGCGACGGUAGCAUAGCGAAGAUAAUCGGUGUGAGCAAUAUUUCUAAUUGCAAAGAAUUCAGAUGUUCCAAUGGAGUUUGCCUCCCGUUCGACAAAGUGUGCGACGGAAUAAUAGAUUGUCCAGAUAGGAGCGACGAGUUUGGAGAAUGCACAACAUCGUGUACAAAAGACAAUCCCUGCGAGAAUGUAUGCUAUAAGACGCCUCUGGGUUCUGCGUGCGGUUGUCGAAUCGGGUAUCAAUUGAGCCGCGACUUUAGAUCAUGCGAAGACAUCAACGAAUGCGAACACAAUGCCUGUCCGCAGUCAUGUCGCAAUACGGAUGGAUCUUUCACUUGCUCUUGUUACGAGGGUUACGUACUUCGUAGCGACAAAAUCUCUUGCAAAGUGGCUGGACCACAGAUGAAGAUAAUCACUGUCGCUGGAAACGACAUUAGAAAAUUGUCACCGAGCUUGGAUUCGAUCCAAGUUGUAUACGAAGAACUAAACACCGAAAUAAGUGGGAUCGACGUGAAUGCGAACGAGGGAAGCAUCUAUUGGAGUAACGAUGAGUUAGGCAUGAUAAGUAAAGUACACUUGGAAAGUAGAGAACAAAUGCUUGUUACUGGUCUUGGGAGACCAGAAGCACUUGCCGUCGACUGGAUCACCGAUAACGUAUAUUUUACCGAUAACGAUCAUCAGAGCAGCAUCAAGGUAUGUAAUCUGGACCAACAGAGGUGCGCAACAGUAGUCACGAUCGGGGCACGAAUUAAAGCGAUGUCGAUCUCCGUCGAUCCGAAACGGGGGUUGCUAUUUUGGAGCGAAACAAGUUGGAUCGAGUACGAUAGACCCACUAGUUCGAUAUAUCGGUCCAGUACAGCAGGUUCUAACGCAACAAAAAUAGUAUCGCGAAAUGUUGGUAUCGUCUAUGCAAUAACGAUCGAUCAUACAAGAUCUAGAUUGUAUUGGUCGGACACUCUCCUGAAAACUAUCGAGUCCUCAUAUUUCGACGGUUCUGAUCGUAUGAUAUUUAUGAAGACGGGUGUUUAUCAAGCUCUGAGCAUGAAUAUAUACGAAGAUUCCAUAUACUGGUUGGUGGGUACAACAAGCAUGUUGAAAAAAUGUAAAUUAUUUGGCGACAAAUCGUGCUCGUCGAUCUCCAUUGGCAAAUCAAAUAUCGACAACCAUUUUGCGAUUUUGCACCCUUCGAGACAGCCUAUUGGAAAGAACACUUGCGAGGGUCAUAAAUGUGAUUACAUGUGCGUAUUGAAUGGCAAUAAUUCUUUAUGUAUUUGUCACGAUGGCCACCCGAAAGAUUCCAAAGGUCUCUGCACGGAAGCCAUAAAUUCAAGAAUUAAAUUUAAUUCAAGAAGUACUCGAAGUGACAAGAGUACUCGACAACAAAACGGAGCGUUAAUUGGAGUAAUCGUCACAUUGUUAGUUUGCGUUAUAGGUAUCUCGGGAUAUUUUUAUUAUCGGAAAACCAAGCCUAGCUUUUUAAAACAGAAUUCUUUGAGUAUUCAUUUUCAAAAUCCAUCGUACGACCGACGAGACGAAAUGGCAUCGCUCUGUUAUACAUCCGGUUUACCUCCAGGGGAACACGAAUACGUGAAUCCAGUGGCUGAUAUGACAAAGGUAAUAAGUACAAAAAACUAGUAAUAGAGAACAAUGAGAAACCGAUAAUAAGUAUAGAUUCCGAUCUGUCGGAUAACGAGAUCGAAGAUUCAGAAUGCAAAUCAAACAUUCGUUUAAUAUAUUAAGAUAUAUAUAUAUAUAUAAAUGAAAGUAAGCGUCGAAGUAAAAUGUAAUAUUUAUGAAUAUUUAAUUAUUUCAUUUAUAAAACCUGUACAUAGAAAAAUAUUGU